CUUCUACCUUGCUUGCUCUACACAAACUGGCUGACAGGCUAAAGGGAAAAUAUGGGCCACAACAACAGAAUUUUAUCCAGCUGGCCGAGGCUUAUCCUCCCCUAGAGAAAUACGUCUUCUUUCGACAAGGACAGCCUGCGCUAGACUUCCGGGAUCCGAGCGUCCAGAGGCGACUGUCAGAAGCCAUCCUCCAUCGGGACUUUAACUUGAAGCUCGUGCUCCCCGACAACAGGCUCUGUCCAGCAGUACCGAACAGAUGGGACUAUGUUGCUUGGAUACAGGACAUUCUUGCGAAUUCGUAUGGUGUCGACCUUGGCCGAGUGCGCGGGGUGGACAUAGGAGUAGGCGCGUCCGCGAUUUACCCGUUACUGGCUUGUCGCAUGCACGACGGGUGGUCCAUGAUCGGUUCCGACAUUGACGACAUCUCGCUACACUGGGCGAGGGAAAAUGUCAAGCUCAACUCCCUGCAAGACAGGAUCGAGAUCCUACCCGUAAGAGCGGACAAGCCCAUCCUGCAGCCCCUUCUGGCCUAUCCCGAAUCGCAGUAUUCCCCCCGUCCGCUCUGCCCCACAAGCACUCACCGCCCACCCAGGUUCGACUUCCUGAUGUGUAACCCGCCGUUCUAUUCCAGUGCAGAGGAAGUCGCCGAUCUAGCCGGGAUGAAAGAGCUUGACCCGAGUGGCGUCUGCACAGGUUCGGACAACGAGAUGAUCACCCCUGGUGGGGAGGUCGGGUUUGUAGGCCGGAUGGUGAGGGAAAGCACCCGGGUUGGCAGAAGAUGCCGGUGGUACACCUCUUUGCUCGGGAAACUAUCCAGUGUGAAGGAGGUGAUAGAGCUUAUCCGCUCUCCAGAGGUCAAUAUCGACAACUACGCAAUAGGCGAGAUCACCCAAGGGAGAACUAGAAGAUUGGCCAUCGCUUGGUCCUUCGGAGAUGCAAGACUGCCGGAUGCAGUAGGACGGCCCACAGCAGCAGCCCUGAAGAGUUUUGUA